CUGAAACGACAACAAACCAGCUUUGCUGUUGCUUCGCUUUAGAUAACAGUUUUUCCCCACAUAUCCAUGAGCAUUUCGUUACACCACCUCACUGGAGAAAGAGACAUGGAAAAUGUACACCUGGCUGUGGAGGAGGAGGAUCUUUAUUCGGGUUACAACGACUAUAAUCCAACAUUUGACUCCGAGGAGUUGGAGAAUGAUGUGGGCUUCCAGCAAGCAGUCAGGACAAGCCACGGAAGAAGACCUCCGAUGACGGCCAAAUUUCCUGGAACUGCCAUUGGAGCUCGGCCUUUAGCUACUUCCUUUGGAUCUCGGAUUCCUAUGGCCUCCUCAAUGGGCAGACCCAUGACUGGCGCUGUGCAGGAUGGAGCAGCCCGACCAAUGACUGCUGUCAGAGCAGCCGGUUACACAUCCUCCCUGACCCGAGGCUCGAACUUUGACCCUCUGGGCCAGUCCAAAGGCCCUGCACCUCCACUUGAAGCAAAGAAUGAGGACACGCCUGAGGAGAAGAUCAAAAUCCUGGAGAAGAAAGUGAAUGACCUGAUAGAAGAGAGCUGCAUGGCACAGAGCAUGGGAGCCUUACAGCUGGCUCUUGAAAAAGCCAAAGAGGCAGGGAGGAAGGAGAGAGCACUGGUGAGACAGCGGGAGCAGUCGGGCAAUGCAGACCACAUCAAUUUAGACCUCACCUACUCUGUUUUGCUCAACCUUGCCAACCAGUAUGCGAACAAUGAAAUGUACCCAGAGGCCCUAAACAGCUACCAGGUCAUUGUGAAGAACAAGAUGUUCAGUAAUGCAGGCCGUAUGAAAGUCAACAUGGCCAACAUCUACGUCAAACAGAAGAACUACCCUAAAGCCAUCAAGUUCUACCGAAUGGCCCUGGAUCAGAUCUCCAAUGCUCACAAGGAGAUGAGGAUCAAGAUCAUGCAGAAUAUCGGCGUGGUCUUUGUCCGCAUGGGCCAGUACUCAGACGCCAUAACAUCUUUUGAGCACAUCAUGAGCGAGAGCCCCAACAUUAAGACAGGCUUCAACCUAAUCCUGUGCUACUAUGCCAUUGGCGACAGGGACAGGAUGAAGAAGGCCUUUCAGAAGCUCAUUUCUGUUCCUCUGGGCAUUGAUGAUGAAGACAAGUACAUCCCAUCUAAUGAUGACACCAGCUCAAAUAUGAUCAUCGAGGCCAUUAAGAAUGACAAACUUCACCAGAUGGAAAGAGAUCUAAAAAUCCUGUGUGAGAAGUACAUCAUGACGGCAGCCAAGCUCAUCGCUCCGGCCAUUGAGAAUUCUUUUGCUACUGGAUUUGACUGGUGUGUGGACAUGGUGAAGAGUUCUCAGUAUGUUGAACUUGCCAACGAUCUAGAGAUAAACAAAGCCAUCACCUACCUCAGACAGAAGGACUUCAACCAGGCAGUGGAAACUUUGAAGACAUUUGAGAAGAAGGACAGCAGAGUGAAGAGUGCUGCAGCCACCAACCUCUCUUUCCUCUACUUCCUGGAGAAGGACUAUGACCAGGCUGAUCGAUACGCUGACCUCGCCAUGAAUGCUGACCGCUACAACCCGGCAGCACUUAUCAACAAAGGCAACACGGUGUUCGUCAAGCAAGACUAUGAAAAGGCUGCAGAGUUCUACAAAGAGGCACUGAGGAAUGAUUCUUCCUGCACUGAGGCCCUCUAUAACCUGGGUCUAACCUACAAGAAACUGAAUCGUCUGGAGGAGGCUCUGGACUGCUUCCUGAAGCUCCACGCCAUUCUAAGAAACAGUGCCCAAGUCAUGUACCAGCUGGCCAAUCUCUAUGAGCUUCUGGAAGAGCCACAACAGGCAAUCGAGUGGUUGAUGCAGGUCAUCAGUGUAACUCCCACCGACCCCCAGGCACUGGCCAAACUGGGAGAGCUCCACGAUGGCGAGGGGGACAAGUCCCAGGCUUUCCAACACUACUAUGAGUCCUUCAGGUACUUCCCCUCCAACAUCGAUGUGAUUGAGUGGCUCGGGGCUUACUACAUCGAGACACAGUUCUGUGAAAAGGCCAUUCAGUACUUUGAAAGAGCCACACUCAUACAACCAACCCAGGUGAAGUGGCAGCUAAUGGUGGCAAGUUGCUACAGAAGAAGUGGAAACUACCAGAAAGCUCUGGAAACGUAUAAAGACAUUCACCGCAAGUUUCCAGAAAAUGUGGAAUGUCUGCGUUUCUUGGUGAGGCUGUGCACGGACAUGGGACUGAAAGAAGUCCAAGAAUAUGCCACCAAGCUGAAGAAGGUGGAGAAGAUGAAGGAGAUGAGAGAACAGAGGGUGAAGUCGGGCCGGGAGGGCAGUGCCAGAGGUCGGAGAGAAGGCAGAGACGGCAGUGCAGGGAGUGCUGACAGCGGCCACAGCAGCAACAGCACCAAAGGAGAGCGGCUGAGCGCCAAGAUGAAGUCACUUCCUGGUUCCAAUGAGCCCUACGAGGCCAGCAGCCCGAAAGAAAUAGACGCGUCCUACGUGGACCCACUGGGCCCUCAGAUGGAGAGACCAAAGACGGGGGCCAAGAAGCGCGUGGAGGAUGACGACUUUGCAGAUGAAGAGCUUGGAGACGACCUGCUGCCGGAGUAGCCUCUGCCUUCACUGCAACAUUUGCUCUUUUACCACCUUUUGAAAGACAAGAGCACAACGUUUCACCACAAAACCAAAAACAGUUUCAACUCAGCUCUUCAGCAAAAAACAAAGAUUAUUUUUCACGGGCAUCAAUGAGGGUCCAGUGACUCUCUGUAGUCUCCUGUUGUUGUCUGAUGUCUUUACCUCUGUCUGAUUGCUCAUGACCAAUCUUUGCAUCAUCUGAGUGAAAAACAGACUGACCCACAGCUGAUUUCUUGAAGGUAAAAUAUUUAUUCAUAUCCAUUCAGCAGAGGAAUACAUAUAUACAUGGCAUGAGUGCAACAAGAAGCUGCUUCCAGUGCAGUCUGGGACUGUUGGAACAGUUUUGUUUUGGCUCUGUACUCCAGCACAAUAAGUUUGAAAUGAAUCAAUCACAGUGCGUUUUGACUUUAAUAUGUGUUUACAUUCCCAACCGAUGAAGUGUGCAGAACUUAUAGACAUACUUUUUGACCAUACUGCUCUUCCCCCAGGGGUAAAUGGGGUUCUUCAGCGUUCACCCAAUACGGAUGUGAAUGGCAUAAAACGCCUUUAUAAGCUUUAAAGCCUGCAUUUUAACCUCACCAUAACCUUUACAUUGUUAAUCCAGUGUUGGGAUAGAGGGCUGAAACAAUGAAAAACAUUUCACUGUUCUGAUAGUUUUGACUGCACCGCGUGUUUCCAUGUGUGAGCCUGGGAAGCUUCUGGAAAAUCCAUCAGCAUGAUAUACCAAACUUAUGUAAUCCAUCCAUUUCAGGUUGUGUUUCGUUGCUCUUUGCAUUUUGUACUUUUUCCAGAAAUGUUUAUUUGUUGUGUAAUAUUUAUUUGUCUUGUCAUUUCUUAUAUAAUUAAAAGAGGAAA